GUAUUUUGCGGGCAACUGACUCUUCCAGCUGCUGUAAUUGCUGCUGCGGGAGAAAUUGGAGCUGCUGUCGUCUGCGCGCCCGCCCUCCCCCACAGAGAGCCGCCGCCUCUUCUCUCGCUCUCCUUGUACACCUAUCGCCCGGAGCGGCGGCUGCAACAGUCCCUGGACCCACCGCCGCUUCCUCAGGCUGCCGCUCGGCCGGUCAUUCCCACAGCCCGGCAGCUGACGGCGGCCCCCUGCCCCUCACCGGCUCCUCACUCUAGAUCGUCUCCCCCGUCCCUCUCCUCGCCUGGGACCCACCUCCCCACGGUCUCGCCGGGGUGGAAGACGACGAGGAGGAGACGAAAGUCACCCUCCCUGCAGGCGGCGCCGGCCCCCUCACCCGCGGGUGUGUCCUAUAAAUGGCGUCGGAAAGCGACACCGAGGAAUUCUUUGAUGCCCCUGAAGAUGUGCACCUAGGGGGCGGCUACCCUGUAGGGUCUCCAGGAAAGGUUGGGAUUUCAACAUUAAAGGAAACUGAGAAUACUGCACAUAAAGUUGGAAAUGAGUCUCCUGUACAAGAAUUGAAACAAGAUGUGUCUAAAAAGAUUAUUGAAAGCAUUAUUGAGGAGAGUCAGAAAGUACUACAGCUGGAAGAUGACUCGUCGGAUUCCAAAGGAAAGGGACACUCUGACCAGGCUACUGGCAGUUCUCUUGUAGCUGGAACAGAUCUUAGCAAUAUACCUGGACUGUUAGCCAUAGAUCAGGUACUACAGGAAGAUUCCAAAAAGGCAGAGAGUCAGAAUGCAAUCGAAGAAACUGAAUUAGAAUCAAAAAGAUGUUUUCCUUCUGAUGACACCUAUGAGAAGUCAGUAGAUGAAAUCACUAAGUUAACUGAAAUAAGUUCAACUGAGCAGCAUAAUGUGCCUGAAACUGAAACAGAAGUAUUGAACAAAGAAGCCAUGGAAGUCAAAGGAAGUGAUGUUCUAGAACCUGUGUCCUCAAACUCUUCAUCUACUAAAGAUUUUGCUGCCAUGGAAGAAGUGGCUCCCGCCAAACCCCCAAGACAGCUUACUCCAGAACCUGACAUUGUGGCUAGUACAAAGAAGCCUGUUCCAGCACGCCCUCCCCCUCCAACUAAUUUCCCACCUCCUAGGCCCCCGCCUCCAUCUCGACCUGCUCCACCACCAAGAAAAAAGAAAAGUGAAUUGGAGUUUGAGGCCCUUAAAACGCCUGAUCUAGACGUUCCCAAAGAGAAUAUUACAUCUGAUACUCUCCUAAGUACGAACAUGGCUUCAGAGAAUACAGUCAAGGAUUCUCAGCCUUCUCUUGACUUGGCAAGUGCUACCAGUGGAGAUAAAGUAGUUACUGCCCAGGAAAAUGGAAAAGCACCUGAUGGGCAGACCAUAGCAGGUGAAGUGAUGGGCCCUCAGAGACCUAGAUCCAACUCUGGGAGAGAGCUUACUGAUGAGGAAAUUUUAGCCAGUGUCAUGAUUAAGAACCUGGAUACUGGAGAAGAAAUACCUUUGAGUCUUGCGGAAGAGAAACUGCCAACAGGUAUUAAUCCUCUCACUCUACACAUCAUGAGAAGGACUAAGGAAUAUGUAAGUAAUGACGCGGCACAGUCAGAUGAUGAAGAGAAGUUACAGUCUCAGACAACAGAUACUGAUGGUGGAAGGUUAAAACAGAAAACGACUCAACUAAAGAAGUUCUUAGGAAAAUCAGUAAAGAGAGCAAAGCACCUUGCAGAAGAAUAUGGUGAACGUGCUGUGAAUAAAGUUAAAAGUGUUAGAGACGAAGUGUUUCAUACUGAUCAAGAUGAUCCUUCAUCAAGUGAUGAUGAAGGAAUGCCAUAUACAAGACCAGUCAAAUUCAAAGCAGCGCAUGGUUUCAAAGGACCUUAUGAUUUUGAUCAGAUCAAAGUGGUGCAAGAUCUUAGUGGUGAGCAUAUGGGAGCUGUUUGGACCAUGAAAUUUUCUCACUGUGGCCGAUUACUUGCCUCAGCUGGACAAGACAAUGUAGUGAGAAUAUGGGCUUUAAAAAAUGCUUUUGACUAUUUCAACAAUAUGCGAAUGAAAUACAAUACUGAAGGACGUGUGUCCCCGUCACCUUCUCAGGAAAGUCUGAAUUCAUCAAAGUCUGAUACAGAUACAGGGGUAUGCAGUGGAGCUGAUGAAGACCCUGAUGAUAAAAAUGCACCAUUUCGGCAGCGGCCGUUUUGCAAAUAUAAAGGACACACCGCUGAUCUCCUUGAUCUUUCAUGGUCUAAAAACUACUUCCUGCUUUCUUCUUCGAUGGAUAAAACGGUCAGGUUAUGGCACAUUUCCAGAAGAGAAUGCCUUUGCUGUUUUCAACAUAUAGAUUUUGUCACUGCCAUAGCUUUCCAUCCAAGAGAUGACAGGUAUUUUCUAAGUGGGUCAUUGGAUGGAAAGCUCCGUCUUUGGAACAUACCUGACAAAAAAGUCGCUUUGUGGAAUGAAGUAGAUGGUCAAACAAAAUUGAUCACAGCUGCAAAUUUCUGUCAGAAUGGCAAAUACGCCGUGAUUGGGACAUACGAUGGCAGAUGUAUUUUCUAUGAUACAGAGCAUUUGAAAUACCACACACAAAUACAUGUCCGAUCUACCAGAGGACGCAACAAAGUUGGAAGAAAAAUUACUGGCAUUGAACCUUUACCCGGAGAAAAUAAGAUACUGGUAACCUCAAAUGACUCCAGAAUCAGACUAUAUGAUCUUAGAGAUUUGUCACUGUCCAUGAAGUAUAAGGGUUAUGUCAACAGUAGCAGCCAGAUCAAAGCAAGUUUCAGCCAUGAUUUUAGUUACCUCGUUAGUGGCUCAGAAGAUAAGUAUGUUUAUAUCUGGAGUACUUACCAUGACCUCAGCAAGUUUACUUCAGUCAGGAGAGAUCGUAAUGAUUUUUGGGAAGGUAUUAAAGCACAUAAUGCCGUUGUUACAUCGGCCAUCUUUGCUCCAAACCCAAGUUUGAUGUUGUCUUUGGAUGUACAAUCUGAAAAAUCAGAAGGGAGUGAAAAAGGUGAAGAUGCUGAAGUUUUGGAUACCAUGCCCUCUGGACCCUGGGAUCAUGACCUGAGCCGAAGGCAGACACUUAACCAACUGAGCCACCCAGGUAUUAUGAAGACAGAUAAUACAGAAGUUCUUCUUUCUGCUGACUUCACUGGAGCAAUCAAAGUGUUUAUUAACAAAAGGAAAAAUGUAUCUUAAUUUGAAAUGACAUUUAAAAUAAAAAUAUCAGUAAGUUUCUAUAUGUAUUAGAACUGAAAAAAGUAUAUUAUAGUGUUUCAGGCUAACAUCCUUUUUUUUUUUUUAAUUUUUACUGGAAAUUGUUCAAAUAUAAUAUAUUUUUUGAGCGGCAGUGUUAAUGAUCUAUAAACCGUGGACUGAUAGACAGAAAUGUGGCUAGAAUAACAUUGCCAAACGUUAGGCUUUAUGUUUUGUUAUAUUUGUGUUUUUGUUAUGUAAUUGUGAACAUGCACAGGUUUCUGCAUGAAAAUAUAUUAAUAUAUUAAUCACAUGUGUGUGCCUUUUGGUUACAUGCACUAAAUCUAACAGAGUUAAAUUAUUUCAGUGGCCCUUUUGGCCUCUUACAGGGAGGGGGGGAGUCUUGUUUCUAGCUUAAACGAUUUCUUUUGCACAAAACUUCAUUUUUCAGAAAAGUGGUAUUGACUGAGUUACUGUUUUGAAAAUGUUAUACAGGUUUUCAAUAGGUCAACAACCAUGUGUAAAUGGUUUUUAUAAAUUUCUCAAUUUGGGGACAAGAUUUUUUUUUUUUUUUUUGUAGUCUAAAUUGUGGGCUUAAGAUUC